CUCCUGAAAGUUGAACUACAGGAGCACUGCCCCUCUUUUGCGACCCCUUGACCCGGCACGACGGACUUAGAGCAAGAGCUAGAGCCAUCUCCUUCAACCGCACAGAAAGGACGGAAACACAAUCAAUCAUGGUCAUCGCCGACAGCGACCGUUUCAAGGGCAUUCGGCGUGAUUCCCUGCACAACGAGGUGGACGGAUGCUUCGACGACCUUGAGGACUUCGAAGACCGCAAUGAAAUAUCUCCGCAAUACCGGGUUACCCACCAGGAGUGUGUAUUGCUUAACCGUGUCCUCUCGGACAAGUCCACGCUCCCAUCGGCGUGCUUCGUGCCGCCGGGUGCUGAACCAGCGGCACGGGGAGCCUCCUCGCAGAGGCCUCAAGAACCCAGGCCGCUGCCGGAGGACGGCGAGACCACCGUGGUGCAACUCGUGCGGCGAAUUACAGGGGCCGUGCAACCGGUACUCAGCAGCCUCGUCACUCCUUUGCACGCGCGCAAGAAAGAGAUGGGUGGAACGAUCACAGAGGAGCAAUGCCAGGCCCUGGCCGACUACCUCUCCCCUAGCGUCGGCGGGGGUUACCUGUUACCGACGGCGUGCUUCGGCCUCCUCAAGCUUCCCGACGAGGAGCAGACCAAGACAUACAUCACGCAAAACGCCGAGAUGUACGCGCGCCUCAAGAAGCGACACACCGGAAUGGCAGAGGAGGGCUAUUUCCCCCCCACGAUGUGCUGAGGACACUUGCCAGUGUGGCAGCGCCCACGAGGCCGGGUUUCGGGUUUCGAAGCGAACCCCCCCCCCCCCCCCCCCC